AUGCCAUUUGGCCUCCAAGGGGUGCCAGCAGUUUUCAUGCAGCUAAUUAAUGAGGUUUUACAUGACCAUCUUUACAAAGGAGUAAUAGUCUAUUUAGACGAUAUCCUUAUUUACACAGAAACACGUGAAGAACACGUGAGGCUUGUUUGCACAGUUCUGAAAAAACUCCGGGCGGCUGAGCUCUACGCAAAAUUGUCCAAGUGCGAAUUCCAUCAGGAGAAGGUUGAUUACCUGGGCUAUUGCAUCUCCCACAGGGGCAUUGAAAUGGACCCCGCUAAGGUCAAAGCGGUCACCGAGUGGGAGGCCCCUCGUACAUGUAAGCAAUUGCAGAAAUUUUGGGGGUUUGCUAAUUUCUAUCGUCAAUUUAUUCCCUCCUUUGCUAAGAUAGCUCUCCCCAUAACUAACCUCCUUAAGUCAAAAGGAGGAGCCAAGCCUAAACCUAGCAAACCGCUGGAUUGGACUAUGGACUGUCAAGCAGCUUUUGAGAAGUUGAAGCGCCUCUUUGCGGAGGAAUCAGUCCUCAAACACCCGGACAUGGAUGCACCUUUUGUGGUCCAAGCGGACGCCAGUGAUGUGGCAGUGGGAGCUGUACUACUUCAAGCUAACAGCCAAGGGCUAAGCUCCUCCCACUACCCUCAGACUAAUGGGGCUUGUGAAAGGACUAAUUCUGUACUGGAACAAUAUUUACGUUGUUUCAUCAACUACCAACAAGAUGAUUGGGUGGAUUUGUUACCUCAUGCUGAGGUGGCCUACAAUAAUUCCGUGCACAGCAGCACUGGCUUUACCCCUUUUCGUGUGAUGUACGGCCAGGAUUUUGUACCCAUUCCUGAAAUUCCUCAGGAGCAACCGCAGGUGUCGUCGCUGUCCGAGUGGAGCGAUCGCCUUCGGGGCGUUUGGCCUUUGGCUCUCCAGACUCUAGAUGCUGCACACCGCACUCAUAAGAAACAGGCUGAUAAGAAACGGACUAAGCCCUAUGAGUACAAGGAGCGGGAAUCCCUCAAUGCCAGCAUUGUCUAUGCCAUCAACCAGGCCUCGGACUACUGGGGCAUCCGGUGCCUGCGCUACGAAAUCAAGGACAUCCACGUGCCCCCCCGAGUGAAAGAGUCCAUGCAGAUGCAGGUGGAGGCCGAGAGGCGCAAGAGGGCCACCGUCUUGGAGUCUGAAGGGAUUCGAGAGUCGGCCAUCAACGUGGCGGAGGGGAAUAAGCAGGCCCAGAUCCUGGCUUCGGAGGCCGAGAAAACGGAGCGCAUCAACAAGGCCGCCGG